GGAGAAACACAAUCUAUGCAGGCGCAGUGCGGCGGCGGCUCGGCGAGGGGAAGGGCGAGAGCGGCUGCCGGAGCGGGGGGGACCACGGGGCUCGGUCGCUCCCGCCGCCGCCAUGGCGGGCGCGGCCCCGGCCCACCAGCAAGACCACGAGCAGGAGGUUUCGGCCGCGGCGGGCGAGCGGCCGCACCUCUCAGCGGCGGCGCUGGCGAAGAUCGAGCGGAACCGGCAGCGGGCGCUGGCACUGCGGCAGGCGCGGCUGGCGGCCCGGCCCUACCCUGCCGCAGGUCGGAUGGCGGCGGCGGCGGAACGGGCGGCGGCGCGCGGGCGCGGGCCCUCCCCAAGGUCGUGGACACGGGAGGGGGAUUCUUCCUGGAGGAGGAGGAGAGCGAGCAGAAGGAAGAGCGCGGCGCCGGCGAGAAUAUCGUGCAUCCACCCGCACCCGUACUAGAAUUUGACUAUCUUAUCUGUGGAGACUGUGGCAAAGAAUUCAUGGACUCCUACCUUAUGCAGCACUUUGAUUGGGCAACAUGUGAUAAUUGCAGAGAUGUUGAAGAUAAACAUAAGCUUAUUACAAGGACAGAAGCAAAAGAAGAGUAUUUGCUUAAAGACUGUGACUUAGACAAGCGGGAACCAGUGCUCAGAUUCAUUGUGAAGAAAAAUCCUCAUAAUUCACGAUGGGGUGAAAUGAAACUUUAUUUAAAAGUACAGGUAAUCAAGCGUUCACUUGAAGUCUGGGGUAGCGAAGAAGCAUUGCAAGAAGCAAAGGAGCUCCGCCGUGAUAGCAGAGAGAAGAUGAAACAGAAGAAGUUUGACAAGAAGGUUAAAGAACUCCGCCGUGCUGUGAGAAGUAGUUUGUGGAAGAAAGAAGCCAGUAUCCAUGAACAUGAAUAUGGACCAGAAGAAAAUAUUGUUGAAGAUACAUAUAAAAAGACAUGCACUGUUUGUGGCCAUGAAUUAACUUAUGAGAAGAUGUAGUAUUAACCUAUUUUUUAAUUUGACUUUGUUUUUAAUGGUAUUUUGUAUUAAAGUCAAAUAAAUGCUUAUUAUGAACAAGGUGUUGCCAAA